UCAACACAGAUUACUUAAUCUGUUCAAAUACACAGUUUCGUGUCGUAUAAUAUUUCAUACAAUUUACACAUAUUCUUUCAUUUAAGAAGCGUAUUAAAUUGAAAGUUGAUUUUUAAAUUAUACUCCACAGCUAUCAAUAAUAUGCAAUAUACAUGUACAAUAAACUAUAAUUAAUAGUUACACAAUGUCGAGCAUAAAGGAGUUGCCGGAGUUGCAGGUCUUCAAAAUAGUAUUAUUCUAUUGCAUAGUGAUAAUAGCCUUACCUGUCUUGCUAUUCUUUGCUAGCAAGAUCUUUAUUUUUGAUGGUUUACUGGGGCUGAAUCAUGUGCCGAGCAAUGUUUAUUCAGCCGGUGUUGCGAUCGUUGCGUUGCACCUGGCCCUGGGAGCUUUCAUAUACCGCGCGUAUUUCGACGACCAGUCGAAAACACAAACGAAGCGAGAUUAAUCCUUCGUUCGCGUUACAAAAAUGUAAUUAAUUACAACCUUCUUGAUAACACAUUUAUUCGCGUAUACUUAUCGAAAGAAGGAUGUUACAUUAUCUUCCCACACUUCUUUGCCAAAUGUUAGGUAAUAUUUCUUCGUUUUUUUUUUUUAUCGGAUAUCGUAAACUAUGUAGAUUGGGCGCGUAAACCUGCGCUGUGUAUCGGCCGAUGCGAUAUAACUGCUAAAUAAAAAAAAAAGAAGCAAAGACAUUCCCCACACAAAAGUUGCAUAUUGUACAGCGCAAACGUUUGUAACAUACAUACAUCUAUGUAGAAUAGAAUUCCAUCGCAUUCUAUUAUUAUAUUCAAUGAAUUUUUUAACAGAUCUGUUUUAUAGCGCCUCUAUAUGUUAUACCGGAUGGAUAAAUUAAUUUCAGCGCACUUUGUAAUCACAGUAUUACGACGAUCAGGGGCGAAUUUGUAACAUAUAUAUAUAUAUAGCUUUAGGCUGUUUGUAGCGUUUGUACCUUCUCAACAAAGUAGAAUAAUGUAUUACAAAAGCGCUUAAUACAAAUCCGCCCCUGAUGAUACUGUAUACCAUACUUAAUUUUUUCUUCCUUUUUUCUAUGUAAAAUAAAUACAAUGAAUUGUGAUUAAUAUACAAGGUAACAAUACUAUUCAUUUAAUACCAAUGGAAAACAGUACCUUAGAAAAAGUAUAAGA